AAACGGCCGCCGCUAGGUCAGCUGCGAGCUCCCUCGCCGCUUUCGCUUCUUGGUGUUUUCUGCCUGCUGCGCGUGCGUCUCCGUGUGCGUGCGUGUGUCGUGCGUGAUCGGCACCUCGAAAAAUGUGGCGGCGGACAACGCUAACGGCCCGAGAAUAGCCGCCGCCGCCGCGUCAGCAGCGUUCACCACUCGGCCGUGUCCGCCCAGCAAGCCUCGGUCGAGCGACGGGCGGCCGCCUGUGGCACAGUGCAGCGCGCGAUACGGCGACCGUAGCAAUGCCGCCACCUCGGCCUCGCGGGAGCAUCGCCGGCGUCGCCCGGCGACGAUCGGCGCAUCCGCCGAACCUCCCGUGGCUCCUCGCCUGCGUGCGUCGUCGUCUACGAUGCGAGCUCAACGGGCAGCAGCAGCAGCAGCGGCGACUCCGUGCGUGAGCGCGAUGGGGAGCGAACGUUAGGCCUAAGGGAGUCGCGCGCGCGCUCACUCAACCUCGGCGGGGGCCGGCCCACCGCGAGAAACCAACGAGAACGGCGGCGUCGCCCGACUCCUGCGUGAGUGCGAAGACGGUGUGAUAACUGACUAGGCCUAACGCGCGUCGUCGGAAGUCCGCCGGCGCGCUCUCUCCGCGUCCGUACCGGGGAGAGCCCAGCGCAGGUGCGGCCUCGAUCGGCUCCUUUCCGGCGAUCCCCUCCCCUCCCGUCGUCGGUGUUAUAUUGUGCAUCCGCUCCUGCUGCCGCCGGCGACCGCUCGUAACGAGAACAGCGCGUGCGGGGAGCUUUCGUUGCAAACUUUGACGAGCGGCGCCAGGUUGGGACGACGACCCUGAGUGUGUGUGUGCUGGAUCGGCAGCCGCAGGCGUCGCGCUGGUGGCUGGCGCGCGGCCCGCGAGCUUGCUGGUCCCGCUGGAAUGGUGGCCGCCUCAGCACGGCACCGAGGCUAGAGCACAGUGGCCGCACCGUGGCACCGCGCGAGCGCCUGGCCAUGGCGUACCGUCGCAAGACGGACACUGGAGGAGGCGGCGGCGGCGGCAACAGCCAGGCCAGCGGGUCGGCCUCCUCGGCCGCCGCGACCGGCAACGAGGAGAACCCGAACCAGAUCGUCUGCCGUAAGAUGGAGCACAUCGUGGAGCGCAUGCAGAACGAACAGACCGGCGUGCCCGUGCGGACGGUCAAGAGCUUCAUGUCCAAGAUACCCAGCGUGUUCACCGGAGCUGAUCUGAUUGCAUGGAUGAUGAAGAACCUCGACGUCGACGACCAGACGGAAGCUCUACACCUGGCACACCUCAUGGCCUCGCAUGGCUACUUCUUCCCCAUCGAUGACCACGUGCUCACCGUCAAGGCAGACGGCACCUUUUAUCGCUUCCAGACGCCUUACUUCUGGCCCUCAAAUUGCUGGGAACCUGAAAAUACUGACUACGCCGUGUACCUGUGCAAGAGAACAAUGCAGAACAAGGCCCGCCUCGAACUGGCCGACUACGAGGCCGAGAACCUGGCCCGGCUUCAGAAGAUGUUCUCGCGCAAGUGGGAGUUCAUCUUCAUGCAGGCUGAGGCGCAGGCCAAGGUUGACAAGAAAAGAGACAAGUUAGAGAGGAAAGUCCUCGACAGCCAAGAGAGGGCUUUUUGGGAUGUACAUAGACCAGUGCCGGGCUGUGUAAAUACUACGGAAAUCGACAUUAAGAAGGCCUGCCGCAUGAACAAACCAAUCAAAAGCGCAAAGCACUUGCAGUGCGCAGUACCUGGCGGACGCAUCAGUCCCAGCGUGUCGGAAGGCGAGAUUAACACACCGCUAGAUGUUCUCAAGAAGGAGGUGGAAACGCUCAAAGCGAGGCUCGAUGGUGGCAAUGUCAAGAUCACCGCAGCUCUUGAAACGUACAAAUCGUAUUACGAAAAGCACGCAGAGUACGAUGGCUUCUGCAUGCCGCUUGAGCCUUCCAACCCCUGGAUCUCGGAUAGCACUGAGUUCUGGGAAGUGGAAAAGCAGACGACCAAUGUGCCACCGCGUCGGGUGCGUCGCUGGAAGAACUCCCUGCAGGAGCUUCUCCGGGACCCUGCGGGUCGGGAGCACUUCAUCCAGUUUCUCGAGAAAGAGUUUAGCCUCGAGAACCUUAGGUUCUGGGAGGCUGUGCAAGAGCUGAAGCAAAUUCAUCUGAAAGAUGUCCCCAUCAAAGUACAAGAGAUAUGGAACGAGUACCUGGCUCCUGAUGCCAACUGUCCCAUCAACAUCGACUCGAGAAGCUACGAGAUCACCAAGGUCAACAUGCAGAAUCCCGACCGGUGGACAUUUGACGAAGCUGCCUGGCAUGUCUACUUCGUGAUGAGGAACGACAGCUAUAGGCGGUACACCAAUUCUGCCAUGUACAUGGAUUACGCUAACGGCACUAAGAAGAAGACCUCCGUGAAGGGGCUCCGCUCUGUGAUAUCGUUCACGGCCAAGAAGGACCCGGGUCCAUCCUCCUCCUAGCUUGCCCGCCGCCAUGGCUGCCUUGCGCAUGCCAAAGUAGACUGUUCAUACCCAAGCUGCCCAGUCUUAGUAUAGGAUCGUGAGAGGAAAAACGAGCCAACGCCCCUUGUCUGCUUGCUCCGCGCCGUUCUGCUCCCGACGAACAACCACCGCCAGCCAACAACAAAAACGCCACACGUUAGACCCCCAACUGCUGUAAGGCCAGGCCGUCGACGUCGCUGUGUGCGGGGACAUGCCAUCAGCAACGGCUAUGACGAACCAAACUCUUCUUUUUUUCCCCCUUCUUCUUCUUGCCACCAGUACCACUUCGAAGAAGAAACCAAAUGGAUCUGCCAUAGUCCUGGUCUUCGUAGUGGGUGGUGGCCCCGUGUCGCCAGCAAAGAAGGACUCGCGAAACUGUAAACGCCGUCGGGCAGAAGAAGGCUGUUGACCAGUCGUCUCGUGUGCCACGCUUCCGGACGCAUUGACCACAAAAGCAACGGUGAUGCAUGCCGAGGGUGUCCGCAGUGCGGGACGUUGCUUUUCGUUUGUGUUCCCCCCCGGGAAAGGUGAAGCCCCACGAUUGCUCCUUGAUUCUUCUUAUCGACGUCUCUGUCCCUCUCUCUUGUGUAGUUUUCUACUGCUGCUCCGCAUUCUGAGUUUCCCCUGUGUGCGUCCGUCGUCAUGCGGACAGUGAAGAAGUGUUGCCAGAGGAGCCUGCAAGCGUUACCUGCAAUAUGUGUGAUAGGUUUGAUGGGCAGGCAUUCCAUUCAAUGGCCACAACUCACGAGGCAUGCAUUGUGCAAAAGUCAUUCCUCACGGACAGCCUCAUCUGUGUAUACAGUGCAGAUAUCAUCACUGUUGGAUUGCUGUCUGCAUAAAAGCGAGUACAGUCGGCUUGUGGUAAUACAAACUCGGAUAACUCAAAAUUCUGGUUUGUUCAAAGAAAAAUAAUAAUGAUGUUUGGUCUACAGUUUUCAAUGCACAUUAAGCUUUUUAUUAUUAUUGUUACUAAUAUUGAUAUUUAAUUUUGCCAGCUCAAACUUUCAAUGUUCCCAGAGCAGCAGAGCAGUGUGGUCAUAAAAAGCCGACAAGAGGGCAUUCAUAAUGCAUGAGUAGCGAAAACAGGCCCAUGUUUGAUAUUCAGGCUGCUGUGUACAGUGACAGACUUCACUACGGGGAUGGCUCCACUGACACAGUUGCUUCUCUGCAGCUCCGGCAUGCGGAAUGUGCAUUUGUGGGGACUGCCUCCUUUCUGUAUUCUUUUUUUUCAGUGUAAUCUAUUUAAAGGGGCUCUCAAACACUUUUCUAACUAAUCACAAAAUGGCUUCACUAUUAAGGGGCGUCAACUCGCAAAUCUUCUGCCACAAACAUUUUUCAAAUCCUUCAGGUACGAGUGGAGUUGGAGGUAGUUAUUGCGCCGAUGCACAAAUGCUCUCUUCUUUCGUCUCCACUAGUGCGCUGGAAGCUACACAGGAUACGGAGGCAAGCCCCAGCCAUAAGUUGGGCAUUUUUGUUUAGUGUUUUUUGUACCUUACAACGCUACUUCCGGUUCAGGCGUGGGCACUCAGGCACCUGAAUCUACCAACCAAUCGGCACACGCGGUUGUCUGAUCGUCUCGCCAACGAAAAGGCUCAUCGUGGCAUCCGGUUGUGGCCAUGGUACCUACACUACGCAGCACGCCAGUGUGAUCGCUGAGGCCAAGCGUAGCAGACGCGGCUACGCACAGCUGUUGUGUGUAGACCGGAAGUGCCAAGAUGAAAUGCUUGUUUGGUCUUUUUGAGAUCGCAGACAUAUAUAUUUUUCAUUUAUUUAACUCAAAAUUAGCAAUACUAAUAGUAUUACUGAGAAUGCACUCGUGAUCGCGAAAUCCGCUAAUACCGGUUGGCUGGCUGCUGGGCUACUUGCGACGUAGCUACUGACGGAAUUGCGAAGGAGAGAGCAAGCAAUAUUUUACUGUUCUUGACACAAGACUGUAAGUUCCCUGCUGCAUGCAGUGGAAUACGUCCACAGGAGCCUCGUCUACAGAUUGGAAACGUAUUCUUACUAAGUUCAAAAAGUGUUUCAGGACCCCUUUAAUGUCUGCAUGCGAUUUCAUGUAGGAGGCAUAAAAUCGUGUUUUUGUGCUUAUAUGUUCAUAUUUGGAAAUCUUUUAAUUCAACUUAAAGUUAUUCUGACUUUCAAUGACUCCAACAAAGAUGGAUGGGUCUUACGAGUUUGAAUUAGCAAUAGUCGACUGUAUUGCAUCGACAUCCGCGAGCAUACUUGCGGAUGUAAUUUCAGCAAGGGUCACAGUUUUAAUGGAGAAACUUUGGGUAUUCGAUGCUGUGAUCUUCCGCCCUCGUGGACAGGUUGUUUCGGGGGGGUGGCAUUGACAAGUUGUCAACGCGUGCAGAAAAUGCCGAACGUCACACCGCGUGCGUACUGUGCCGGCGUGUGUCGAUCACCUGAACAGUGUCCGUGUGACUCACUCUCUCGUGUGACACGACUCAACGAGGAGAACAAUUAUGGCAUCUCAAGUGGGAUGUGUUUGUUAAUACGCUAGGAACCGAAGUGCUGUAUAGUUAGUAUCCAAUCUGCAGUUCUCGAAAGCUUCCAAAUACCUUAAGCUUCUGUUUCACCAAUAAAGACUCGAGUAGCUGACUCCACUACUAAAUUGAUGGACAGCAGCAUUUUUAAAAGGAGCGCCGCCACAGCUCCUUUUUAUCGCAACUGCCCAUAAACGUGCAUCGUAGCAGGCCUCUUGAAUCAAUAUCAACACCUAGAAUUCAGUCAAGACGAGAACACGUUACACUGCACUGUGGCUUCUGGUACGCUGCCCUUUGUUUAGUGUGUAGCAUGAACACUGAAUUAGUGUGGGCCUGUUUUUACCACUUAGGAUGUCACUGGGACAUGAGCCGAUCAAAAUAUCUCGGAGCAAAGGAAGUUAUCAUUACAGCGUGCAACAUUGCCUCUUGGACAUUUCCCGAAAAAAGGCCGUUUCGUACAACCAGGUCCGGUGGAUGGGUGUAGUGCAACAAUCUACUCCAGUUUUAAUGCGUUUUGUCUUGUGCACUAGCCAGAAAGCCAGAGCGCUUUUCUUAUUAGCACACUGAUCCAGUCAGUACACAGGCUGCCACUCGGAAAAGUUUUAACGAAAUCAAAUGGUUGAUUGUUGUUAACCUAAUACAGGUCCUCCUUGGUUCCACUUGGCUUUGCUUGGGUUUUCGGUGCAGACUAACUGGAUCUGUUGAUCCUCUUCAAUGCAGGCAAAGAUGGAAUAGAUUUGACAGAGAAUGCACACUGUAUGGGCUAUACAGGCCCAGAAGUUGUUGAACUUUAUUGUCCACCGUCUCUGCCAGUGUGUCUUGGCACCUGCUUUGAACUUGAAUUUGAAAUGUACUGUGUUCUUGCUCAGUGAUUGGUUUGCUAGGCCAUCUGCCAUUGCAAGAGACGCAUGGCAAGGUUGUAAGAGAGGCAAAUUGUGUUAAUUUGGACAGCAUUGAGUUGUGUAGUUAGCUGCACUACCGACUUCAACGUAAGCUGUUCGGUGACAGAACCGGUUCCUUUCAUCCAUACCCAGGGCACCAUUUAUAUCGGAAGUAACACCUUAAAACAUGUCUCCACUCUAAGAUCAUUUUUGUGCAACUGUAUUGAUUAGAAUGCCAUGAUUAGGAUCAGAUCCGAGAAGCAGCUGUUAAUCGCAUUUUCGUCCUGCUAUCAGAGCUUUUGUUUGUCACCACUACAUUCAAAAAAGGAUUUUGCUGCGUUCUACUGUAUUUUAGCCAUUUUUUAUCCAGAAAGAUUUACUGUAAGUUACCCGUAUGAAUCCUUGUUUACAUUUGACCAUAGUGCAUACUUGCCAACUUUUACUGUUUUAUACUUUUACAAAUAUUUUGUUUGUGCCUAGUUUAGGGCAGAACUUAUUUUAAAAAAAUACAAAUACAGUCGCCGAACAAUUUUCUAUAGCCUAUUUUUUUGGAGCCAUUGAUCGUACAUACGAAAACGUGCAAUAGUGACACUAACUUACAUAACCAUUGUAUAAUAGCAACCAAAAUUUCGGCCACCAUUACAUGAAUACGUCAUGAAUACAUUUCAUAAAUGUUUUUCACGCAUAUCCAGCUGUGAAUAUAUAAAGUCGAGUGCCUAUUGACAGCAUCCUUACAGUUAAAUCUUCAAUGAACAGUCACUACCUUUAGUAGGGGAAAAUAUAUAUUGAUAUAUUUUUUUUCACCUAAUUUUAGUAUUUCUUGGCUGCAACUGAAGUAUUCUUUUUGUUCCUAAGUUUACAGGUCUGGUAGCAUAAUAUAUAUAUAUAUAUAUAUAUAUAUAUAUAUAUAUAUAUAUAUAUUUACAAUCGCGUAGCUUCGAGCAGGCUCUGUUAAAAUCUGAAGUCAUGCAAGUCUGAUGCAAGAAUGUCAAGGCAGCAUUGCUACCUAUCCUUAGUUCUUUUUUGUGGUGUCAUCAGUCUGUUCAUGGUGAGGCAUCUGGUAUUCCACAGUCACAUUCUUAAUGAUCUAGCUUAUCAAAUGGUUUUUGCACUAGAAGACACGGGCAAUGAAGGGGGGGGGGGGGGAGGUACUGCUGGACACACGUCUUCUAAAGCAAAAAAAAAAAAAAGAAACGUGACGCAAUGCAUAGCCAAAUCCCUGAAAUCACCACUUCGACUGAUCUAGCUUCAGCUUUCGUGAUCUUUCGUGAUCCUUCAAACAAAAGGAAUGCCAAAGCUUUCAAAUCCAGUGGCGGCAGAGCUGCAUCAGACUAGGACUUUUGCUAAUUUUAUUUAAUGAAGAACACGAGGAAAGUAUGUGUAGUUUUGCAGGACUUCGAAGUCGACACCGAGCAUAGUCGCAAAAAAGUGUUGCAGUGAAAAUUUCUAAAUUUAUUUGAACUGUGCACAAAUAAAGGAAACAGAUGCAACCAACAUUAACUGUCUUGCGUUAAGCUGUCUGGAUCUGUUCUGUCAUCUGCUGAAGAAACAAAUGAGAAGCUAUAACUUACAAAUCUGCAAAUGUCUGUGGAAGGCUGGGUGUGUCUUGGCUUAUAGCUGGCGCACAGUUAAUUUACUCACCAAAUAAUAUACCUAAAAUUGGAAGUGGACCAGGCUGAAUAAACGCGCAGCAAGUGCUGACUAGUAGCGGAUUUUUCAAGCUGCGUGCUAAAUGAACUAGGCAGAAACAACAAACAUUGUAAUCUAGCUACAUUGAUGAAGCUAAAUGUUCAGACGAUGCCUCGAACUGGGAACUGAACAUUUUUUUAAUAUGCCACUCAAGGGAAGCCUCCCUGAGAAGAGCAGUGAUAUGUUGCUCCUUGGUUGAACGUGCAGCAAUGCGUACAUUCACCUGGUUGCAUUGGUGCAUCUUGGCCUUGAAUCUAAUGAUGCACCGAAUUGACCCAUCAAGUUGCAUUACUACCCAGCAGGAUGCAGUGCGACUACAAUAAACUGCACUCAUAUUAAUUAGCCUGAACUCAGUAACUCUGUAAUGUAUUUCUUUCCCCUUUUUCUCUCUUCUUGAUAUUUAGCCGUGUAUGGCAGAAAGCUACAAUAAUGAGGUUGCUUGCCAAUGCUAAUGAGUCGGGAAUCUGGGCCUAGGACAACAACCUAGUUUGACCACGCUUGCGGGUAAACCUUUGCCUGAUGGUUUAUGCACAGGCUCAUAAAUGGGGGGCCAAUCAUCCUUUUGCAGUGACUACCCAAGAGGUUACUGGAAUUGCCACCAUGUUAAAAGCAAGCUUAUCUAUGUUUAAUAUUGCUGCUGCAAAGCAGCUUGUUAGACUCGUUGACUGACAGGACCUUUCCUUUCUUGAGGACACCAUGGUCAUCAUGCACAUCUCCCUAGCCUAGCCCAUUGUGUUUGGUCACACCCUUUCGGCCGUGUUUUGUGAAGAAAAAAAAAAAAGAAAAGCCGACUUUUCACAGCCCACCCCCAAGUUGUCGAAGCACGUUCCACCUUUCUUGUGCGCGCAGUCUCGUCCCGUGGUGAUGUGGAACGUUUGGUGACAACCGCGAGUUGGCGCAGCGACUACGAACUCGUUCGCUUCGCUGCGACGUAGCAGAGAUUUUUUUUUUUUUUGCUGUCUGCAGUCCUCGUGACAUCCAAGUGAUAAUGCACACACUCACAUGCGAUUCACUGGAGCAGUUUAUUUAUUUUUCCACUUCCAUUGGCUCGGCUUCUUACUUCUUCCAACAUAGUGAUGAAGAACAGUUCACGUGAGAUGAAGAAAAAAAAAAAAUCUGAUGCAGAAGUACGUUUUAGGACUAGCAUAAUCCUGUACAUAGAACGACGCGUGCAUAUCAAUAGCUGACACGACAUGAGAAACCCAGAAAGUAGAAUUUACCCAUUGCAAGCCAUUUUUGAGCAUCAACUAUGAGCAGCGUGGCCAAACACGCCUCGUUGGCGUGAGGAGAUGAAAAAGUGGUGAACCCCCAGGACGUUUAAAAACAGCAUCUCUGAAAGCAGGCAGUAUAUCCUGUUUUGUUUUGUGUCAGCACUGUGUUAGUCACCGUUGUCAGUUUGUAGGCCCAGUAUUAUGUUUACAUGCACAGCCAAUGCCGUUUUACUAUGUUCAUGCUUUAACUACACUAUAAUGUGUGAACCGGGAAUACUAACCAACAUACUAUAUUGGUUAGUAACCAACAUUAAGUAUGUUGGUACAUUAAGCAGAAUAGUAUACUGAUUAAUAACAAACAUACUAUGUUGGUAUACUAAACGACAGUGACCAACAUACUACUAUGUUUCAUUCUAACCAGCAUACUAUAUUGGUUAUAGUAAUCAACUAGUAACCAAUGUACCAUUGGUUUAAACAGUAUGCUUACUCUGGUUGUAUUUACAAGAACUAGCUCAAACUAUGUCAGUUCCAGCUUGCCUGUGUUUGCACUGGUUGUUGUUAAGUUUAGUCUUGUGUUCCAAAGAACCACAUUUUGCCUAGUUGAGUUUGUUUAAUCUUUUAACGCUAGGGCUGGAACUUGCCAUUUGCUGUGUCGAUACUCCAGCUUGCCUGUGAUGUGUCUAGUCAUUUACUUGAGCUUGGAAAACUCCAGCAAGUUACUGUGAAACUGCAGUUUGUUAUGUUCUUGUUUUUGUUGUUGUUCAGGAGGCUAGAUAUAUUUACAGGUUUUGUUUAAGUGUUAAGCACUUUUAAACACAUUUAUAACUGCUAUCCACUCAUUUUUCUCUGCUGUCUCUUGGCAGGUAUUUUGUUCUCGUUACAUGCUCAUUUGCCUGGACUGUACGAAGUCGUGAUCUUAAUCUGAUACGAAGUCACAGCCUGAUCUGUUUUUACAGUUAUUAACUAUUUCACGUUUGUAGAUGCGUACGAGUGUGCAGGACCAAAAAUUGAAGCGUUAUGCUUUUGCACAUUAAUUGCUAUUUUUCUCGUUUUAAAGAAAAAUUGAAUAGACCCCUUUGGCUCCAGGAAUGAGCUCGACCACUGUCUCACGUUUUGGAUGGAAGACAGGAAAGUACUGUCUAGUCGGAGAUGGGAUCUGAAUGUAGACGGCAGAUACGCCAAAAUGGGCGAGGUGUGUGUUUUACUGCUGCACUGCCUAUGAAUAUGAACUUAUGCCGACCUCCUUUUAUUAAACAUUCCACUUUGUUUCACUGUUCUAAGUAACAUAUUCAUUGUGCAUUGGAUGUACUCUUUCUCAGUGAUGCUUGAUUUUUCAUCAAUUUUCCGCACUGGUAUCAAGCCACAAUGUGGUCGUGUCUUUAUUUUGUAUAUUGUUGCUGAUUCAGAUCACUUUCGUCUUGCAUCUAAAUUGUGCGUUGUCUUCUAGUUUCCGAUUAGUGUGCAUGUGUACGCUUUCCAUGAACUUAAAAAAAUGCAAUACUUGAUGCUACAUACUGUUUUGUCAGCAUAUGGUACUCAGCAGAAUGCGUGCACUAAUUCCAUUUGCAUUGCAGUUUCAACGACCGAGUGUUUGUUACGCGCAGCGGUAAAAUUGUCGCUGAUGAAUGUUGCAAUUUGUCUUGAACUGAAAUUGUUUUGCAUGGUGAUCUGUGGAAAAGGUUGGAUUGGCCACUUUCAUUAAUUUCAUUUCCUUUCACAUUCUUGCUUUCUGUGCUUGGCACCCUUAUAGUUAACGUAUAUACAUAAAUGUACAUACAUUAAAAAACACAUAUAUGCAUACCUAAAAAAAACCAUAGUUUACCAGGCCUUAGCGGAAAAGGGAGAAGAAAUAUAUAUGUAAUUAAGAGGAAGUGUUUGUAAACUGCCUUUUGACUGCGUAUGUGUUCUUGAUUUCCUAUGAGAACAGACUAGUGUGUAACAUACGUGUUAAUUAAAACAAGUUUGUUAAAUCUA